UAUACCUAAUUUAAAUUCGAUUAGCGAGGUUUCUAAAUUGACUUAAACGGAUCGGGUAAUGGAAAUACCCGAUCCAUUGCGACCCGUAGAUGAGUGAGUAGGAGAGAGAGGAAGGGCUCGACCAAACCCGCUUUAUUAGAACCCGACCCGAGCCCGAACCCAUUUAUUCAGCCAAACCCACCGAAUCCCCUUUCGAUUGCAAUCGCACGCGUCAUUCCUCGCUCCCUAAUCGGCCAUGGCCGCCGAUCCCUUCUUCCACUUCUCCCUUUGAAACCCCGCGUCCCCGAAACCCUACCGAUGGCUUCCCCCUUCCCCCAUCUUCUCCCUUCCAUCCCCCUCUCCCCCUCCCAUCCCCCCCUCUUCCUCCCCUCCAAGAUCCUCUCUCCUCAACACCGUCGCCGCCCUGCUGUCUCAGCCGCCCUCCAGUGGAACCGUAAGCCCCAGCUCGCCGGGGAGACCCCCCGCGUGGUGGUCGUCACUUCCGGAAAAGGCGGCGUCGGCAAGACCACUACCACCGCCAACGUCGGCCUCUCCCUAGCCCGCUUCGGCUUCUCCGUCGUCGCCAUCGACGCCGACGCCGGUCUCCGAAACCUCGACCUCCUCCUUGGCCUCGAGAACCGCGUCAACUACACCGCCGUCGAGGUCCUCAACGGCGACUGCCGCCUCGACCAGGCCCUCGUCCGCGACCGCCGUUGUCCCUCGCUCGAGCUCCUUUGCAUCUCCAAGCCCCGCUCUAAGCUCCCACUCGGCUUCGGCGCCAAGGCUCUUACGUGGGUUGUCGACGCGCUCCGCUCACGGCCGGCGGGUCCUCCACAUUUCGUGCUCAUCGACUGCCCCGCCGGCAUAGAUGCCGGAUUCAUCACCGCCAUCGCGCCGGCGAAUGAGGCCGUGUUGGUCACCACCCCCGACAUCACUGCCCUACGCGACGCCGACCGUGUCACUGGCCUUCUCGAGUGCGAUGGCAUCCGUGACAUCAAGAUGAUCGUCAAUCGGGUUCGUACGGACCUAAUAAGGGGCGAGGACAUGAUGUCAGUGCUUGACGUGCAGGAAAUGCUUGGACUUGCAUUGCUUGGUGUCAUCCCGGAGGAUUCAGAAGUUAUCAAAAGCACGAAUAGGGGAUAUCCACUUGUUCUAAACAAGCCUCCCACAAUGGCUGGACUUGCAUUCGAGCAGGCAGCAUGGAGACUGGUGGAGCAGGAUACAAUGACUGCUGUCAUGGUUGAGGAGGAACCCAAGAAGAAGGGCUUCUUUUCCUUCUUUGGUGGUUGAGAUUUUAGACAUGGAGGAUGGAUUUUGAGUUUGAUAUUUUUGAGACUAUGAGUUUGAUUCUCAGCAUACUAGGAGUAUUAUGGCGAAUCAAAAUUGGGAUCAAAGUUUGGUUGUGUACAGUUGAUAGGACAAGUACAUGAAAAGAGCUGCAGGAAUGGUGAGUUUCCAGCUUGUAGGACUGAUUAAACUUACAGCUUUAUGUACUCGUGGUUAUGUUGAUGUUGAUUUUGGCCGCCAUGACAAGGUUUGAAAGUUCCUUAAUGGCGUCAAGGAAAAAGGAGAGAGGGCUGAUUGUUGAACUGUUCAUUCAAGUAUCUAACAUGAUCCCAUCUUUCUGAAGUCCUUGUUUUAAAUGAGUUGACUUAACAUUAUUUAGUGUAGCUUGUAGCAGGUGCAGAUGCACCUUCUCUCUAUCUACAUGGCUGGGUUGGAUAGAGAAGUUAGCCAUUUUUGUAGAAGAGUUUGCAUUUGAACAAGAGAACUGUGCCUUGAUGUGGCUUGAAGUAUGGAAUAUAUGGAUGGAAUUUUGUGUUCA